UUUACGAAUUCACACUCAAGGAAAAAGAAGGAAAAAAAAGGGAAAGUGUAGGAAUCUGUUUAAUUUCUCUAUUUAAUUUGGAAAUUAAGAAAAUGGACAACCUGUUUGGUGAAAUAGAUUGUAGAUCAAAGUCAGACGGAAUAGUGAUGGGAAUUCUAAGAUCUGCCAUGGACAAAGCACAUGAAAAGGUCCAAUCUGAAGCUGGAUCCAUUGAAUUUCUUCACGAGAGAUCAAAGUUCUAUGAAUUGGCAGUGAUCCUUGUGGAAUCAGGUCUAAGCAUUGUUCAACAAGAGACUGAUAUUCUUGAAAGCAACCGCGAAAAGGUCAUCUCAGACUUAACAGAAAUGAGGCAUUGGCUUUUGGGAAGGAUUAAGGUAAUGAAACUCUUAAUCACUGAGAAAGAUAGAGAAUUAACAGAAAGGACUGAAAAUGAGUUAAAGCUCAGACAGGUUUUAGAAACCAAAGAAAGAGAACUUGUUUUUAUUCGCGACAAAUUUGAGCUUCAAAGAACAAAGAGUGAAGGGUCUCAAGAUUUGAGGUUAGUACAAAAGAAUGAAGCUAUAGAAGGUGAAACUAGCGACUCGAAAUCUGAUUCAGAGCUUCUAAAUGAAGGAAGUUGUCAAAAUGACUUGUAUGGAAGUUACCAUAUUCCUGAAAUAAAGCCAAUGACUGAUCAUUCAUUAAGGCCUGAACAAAACAAUGUGAUUCAACAGAUGAGUUCUGAUAUAGAUAUUUUAAAAGAAACUUUGGAUUUUGCAUUUGGGAGAAGAGAUAAUGGUGAGAUGGUUCCUUUAGAAAAGCAAUGGAGGUGUACCAUUGAGAAAGAUACAUUAUCUGUCUUGAUAAAAGGAUUCAUAAAUGAUAUCCAAAAAAGAUUUGAAUCAGAGUUGAAGAAAAGGGGUGAUCAAAUUCCACUUGAAUUUUCAAAUGACAACUUAUCAGAAUUUAUCUGUGAGAUAACAGCGUUGCGCCAUGAACUAGAGACCUUCUAUAGUAGACAUGAUGAGGAAAGGAAAACAAUGAACAAGCAAGAUAUCUUAGGCCAAAAGCAGGCAAAGGUACGUCGGACGUGUAGUGAGCCUUUGCCAAAAGUUGCUCAUCAACUGUCUGAUCAGGAGGACCAAGAAGAUGGUGGAAGUAAUUAUGUUGCUAAGCUGAUUAAGAAUCAUGAGUCAAUUCUAAAGAAGCAGUUCGAAGAUCGAAAUUGUAAAUUUUUCUUACACAAGAAAGACAUGGAACUUGAUAUCUUGGACAGAAUCAUAAAAGACAUCAUCAUAAGAUUGGAUGUUAUAACAAGCUCAUCGAACGUUAAGUCGGUCGAUAAGAAACAUGUGAAAGAGGAAGAAAACUUGGAGUCAAUAAAAGGCACAACUACUUUAUUGCUAAGCCAAUUUGAUAUAGAAGAUGGGAAUUUAGAAACAUUGGUUAAGAAUUUUAGAGAUGGCAAAAUCUUACCAGAGACAAUAGGGAGCCUAUUGAAAGAGAAUGUCUACAUGGUAUUCUUCAUUGAAAUGGUUAAGGCAUGUAAGGAGGAAAAAGAUGAUAUUGAUAUGGAAAUUCAAAUAAGAGAAGAUAUAUACAAGUUUAUCAUGGUUGAGGCUGUGAAAGAUGUACAUACCAAAUUUUCGGAAUAUUUGAAUCCUGCUUAUAAGAAGGUGGAAAUUGAUGGAACUGAGGAAAGUCUGAUUCAAAAGCUCGAUUCUUUGUUAAAAUGUCUCGAGUCAGAGGAAGAUCUAAUGGCGAAAGCAAGUUCUGAGAUAGAAGAACACAAUGUGCGUCAUGAACAAGAAAUCUUGGAAUGUGAAGAGGUUGAGGAGCGCGAGACUAUUGAAUGGCUGUUGAAUGAUGAAGAGAGCACUUUCACUUCUGUGAACGAAAAACUAGAGAUCGCGAUGAGACAACUAUCUACAAGCAAAGAAUUGUUGUUUGAUUUGGAACAAAGUCUUGGCAUUUCACCUGAAGUAUUAGCAAAAAGUACUGAUGAUUUCCUACAUACAAACACUAGUAUUGUGUCUCAAACUGAAGAACCACAAGAGUUAUCAGUUAUUAAUCCAUCUGAUGUUUUGAUCUUAGCACAGAUAGCAGAUUUUCAUCAAGUGAUUCAAGAAUUUGAGGUCAAUGUAGUUCAUAAUAUAGACACAAAAUUGUCCAGGAUAGAGGAAGUGAAACACCAAUUCCACAACUUAAUUGUUGAACCAGUUGCUUUAAUAAACAAAAGGAAAUUGCUUUACAAGAAGGCUUUUUUAGCAAGAUGUCAGAAUCUAAAAUUGGCUGAAACUGAGGUGGAUUUGCUGGGGGAUCAGGUAGAAGCACUUUUGCAUCUGCUUGAGAAAAUAUACGUGAUACUGGACCAAAAUUCGACUGUUUUAUCUUGCCAUUUUCAGGUGUUUGACAUCUUAAAACUCAUCAAAGAAAAGUUGGGAGAUGCAGUUGCUUGUAUAUCUACUUCUUAGUAAAUAAAAUCUAAUAUUUAAUUUUUGUAUAACAUGCUCAUUUCCUUAUAUGAACAUAUAAUCUUCUUUCUUGUCUGAAUUAUCAGCAGUCCAGCACAUAAGAACAUAGGCGAAUUUAGGAUUUAAUGGCUACGGGUGUCGUUGUAUUGAAUGUAAAUUUAUGCAUCCGGUUGGUUCGUGUA